ACACCUGUGAAUGAUGUCUUCCAGGUGAACUUUGAGGAGUUUAAAGAUGGCUUCGUUGCCGUUCUGUCUCGGUCUCUGGACUUCAGCACAUCGGAGGACGACAGCAGCUACCUGGAGCCAGUGGUUCCAGAGGAGGUGAAGCCAAAGUUGGUGAAGGGUAUGAAGCGUUACGGCCGUCGGUCCCGUCCCGACAGUACGCCCGGCUCGGCCCCUCAGACCCGAGACUUCGACGAUUCGGCUCCGCCCAGAACCGGCACCAGAACCGGCACCAGAACCGGAACCAGAACCGGCGGCGCCGACUCCUCGCCGGACGGCGCCCGGCGGCCCAAACUCAGACGCUCCACGUCUCUGGACAGCGUCGAGAGCCUGAAGUCAGAUGAGGAAGCAGGAAGCCAGAAGGAGAACAUCCAGCCAGACUUUCAGUCUAAAGAGCCCGAGCAGGACCAAACGGAGCUGGGGGUUGUUGUUGGAGGCGUCCUGACGGCGGUGUGUGAUCAGCUGGGACUGCAGCAGCUAAACACAGAGGAUCUGGACGUGCUGCUCAGGAAGUUGGAUCCCGACCUGGACGGCAGAGUGAGCCUGAGGGACUUCCAGAAGGUUCUGCGAGGCUCCGCCCCCGUUUCCUGCUCCACCCCCAUACGAUCAGCCAACCUGCAGAGGGCGCCACACCGGUGCCAGGCGGUGUUAGAGGAGCGCUUGGCUCGCUCCACCUCUCCCUCCCUGCUGACAGCCACGGUGGGGCAGAGAGUCCUCAGCCGGCUGGAUGACGGGUCAGGAUGCACCAGCCCCGAGCGCGUCAUCACCCUCUGGACCGAGGAGGGCAUCCGCAACAGCCGGGAAAUCCUGCAGACUCUGGACUUCCCUCUGGAGGAGCGUGUCAGUCUGGCAGACCUGACUCUGGCUCUGGACAACGAGAUGCUGGUCAGCGGGAACGGUAUCCACCAGGCGGCCCUCCUCUCCUACAAGAACGAGAUCCAGCACCUGCAGGUGGUGGCAGAGCAGGCCUGCCGGGAGCGGGACAAGCUGAAGGCAGACCUGGACCAGGCUGAUCAGAGGAACCUGCAGCUGGUCCGAGAGGUGGACGACCGCCACGCCAGCAUGGAGACCUUCAACCAGACCAUGAUCAGGGACCUGGAGCAGGACUUCCGUGAUAGGCUGUCGGCUCUGCGCAGCCAAUCGGAGCAGGAGAGCGAAGCGCUGCUGCUGCAGGCGGAGAGAGAGCGCCGCGCGCUGCAGGACGAGCUGCAGCUGCUGAGAGCGCAAGAGGCCGAGCUACAGGAGGAGCUCCACAGCACCACACAGGAGAACUGUCGUCUGGAGGAGGAGGGGAGGAGUGUGAAGCUGAAGCUGACUGAAGCAGAAAGCUCCGUCAACAGACUGCAGAGAGACCUGGACACACUGCUGCAUGACAGGUUUGGCAGCUUGGACCCGACGGCCACUGGUCUGAGUCACGAGGAACGAUUCUCCGAGAUCGUCAAAGACUACGAGCUGCAGUGCCGGGAGCUGUGCGACAGAAACGACGAGCUGAGCUCCGAGUUGGAGCUGCUGAAGAACCAGAGGAGCGACAGGACCUCCAGACAAUCUGAAGGAGCUUUGAGCUGGAGCCAACAACGACUGGCCAGUGCCGAGUCAGACUCUGACGAGUCAGAGAUGAAGCGCAGCUCGUCUCCUCUGGUCCGGAAGAAGCUGCAGCCAGCAGAUAAAUCCGCUCUGUGUUCCCUGGACGGUGUCUCGGGUCCGGCCGUCAGUAUCCAGACUGAACUGGCUCUGGAGACGCUGAAGCAGAAACACAACCAGGAGCUGCAGCAGCUGCACAUCAAGCUGGAGACACAGGUGAACUACUACGAGCGCAGCCUGGAGGUGAUGAGGCAGAGCAUGGAGGUGGAGCGGAAAGAUAUCUCUCAGGCCUUCAAGAUGGAGAUCAGUGAGCUGGAGGAUCAGAAAGCUCAGGCGGAGCAGCAGGUGAAGCAGCUGAAGGAGAAACUGCAGACUCAGAUCCAACAUGGCGGAGGAGGAGGAGGAGGAGGAGGGUGGAGCAACGAGCAGGAGCGCAGGAUGCAACGGGAGCGUGCGGAGCUGGAGCAGAACUUUGCCCGAGAGAUCGGUAACCUGGUCCAGAGACUGAGCGCUGAGAAGGAGCAGCUGGAGGCCGAGCUGAAGCUGAAGAUGGACCAGGAUCUGAUGCUGGUCAGGACUCAGCUGGAGGAAGUCCGUUUAGAGAACGGAGCUCUGCAGGAGCGACUGGGCGUCCUGCAGCAAGAAGUCCACAAUCUGGAGGACGACUGCGCCAAGAAGAGGACGAAACUAGAAGAGAUGGAGCAAGAACACAAGAGGAGCAGAGAAGAAGAGGAGAGGCUGCACAAAGAGAACUCCAGAUACCGAGAGGAGGUCCUGGAUCUGAGCGGCAGGAACCUGCAGCUGAGCAACGACAACGCAGAGCUGAGCGCCCGUCUCCGUGGAGACCAGGAGUCGCUGCGGAUGCUGCGGGAGCGCCUGGCGACCGUCUCCAAGGAGCAGGAGGAGGAGAGAACCAGGCUGGAGGCGGAGCUUAGCGGUGCGACUCUGAAGCUGCAGCGGUUGGAGGACGAUAAAUCCAAACUGCUGAGAGAAGCUGACGACCGAAACACCAAGGUGGAGAAGCUGCAGCAGUCGCUGCUCGCCGUGGAGUCUGAUUCGGCGCUGCUACGCUCUCAGCUGCACGCCAUUGGUCAGGAGAAACUCGGCCACGCCCAGGAAGUGACCUCGCUGCACAGGAAGCUGCAGGACGCUCAGAGCAAGGUGGAGGAGUUGGAGAGCAGCGCCAGGAUGCUGCUGAGGGAGAACCAGGAGCUACGUCAUGCUCUGGAGGAGAAGGAGGAGCAGGGGCAUCAAACCUCCGUCACUCUGCAGGAGGAGACCCACACACUCAGAGUCCAGAACCAGGAGCUCCAGCACCAGCUGUCUGAGCAGCAGAACCUGAAGACCAAACUGACCCAACUGGAGACGGAGCGGACGCAGGCUCAGGAUCAGGCGUUUCGGGCUGACACAACGCUCGGUCUGGUUCAGGCGCAGCACGCGCGGCGGCUACAGGAGCUGCAGCGGCGUGUUGCCGACGGCAACAGGGAGGAGAAGGAGCUGCUGCAGGCCCGGCUGAUGGAGGAGCAGAAGAAGAGUCAUCAGCUGGAGGAAACGCUGAGACUCCAGAACCAGCAGAGCAGCGCACAUAUCAGCAGGAAGCAGGGUCAGUACGAGAAGGCGCUGUCUGCCCUGCAGCAGAGGACUGAGGAGCUGGAGACCAAACUGAAAGGGGUCCGGAUGGUUCUGCAGGAGAAAGUCCAGCAGCUCAAAGAACAGCUGGUGAAGAACAGGAAGUCUUCAUCGCUGCUGAAGGAUCUGUACGUGGAGAACUCUCAGCUGAUGAAGGCGCUGCAGGUCACCGAGCAGCGCCAGAAACUGCCCUCUGGGACAACUUCCACUUGGAGGACACACAGGCGCUCUGAACACACUGCUGCGGAGAUGGGUCGGCGCACACACUACCUGGCUGCUGCCUGGCUGCUACCUGGCUGCUGCCUGGCCGCCUUCUGGCUGCUGCCUGGCAGUUUCUUUAUGCUACCUGGCUGCUGCUGGAGCCUGUCAGGCCUUCUAGCUGCACCUGGCUGCUGCCUGGCACACACCUGGCACCUUCUGGCUGCUACCUGGCUGCUACCUGGCCGGCUACCUGGCCCGUACCUGGCCGCCUGGCUGCUGCCUGGCCGCCUUCUGGCUGCUGCCUGGCUGCUGCCUGGCACAGAGGCCGCCUUCUGGCUGCUGCCUGGCCGCCUUCUGGCUGCUGCCUGGCUGCUGCCUGGCCCACACCUGGCUGUAUUCUGGCUGCUGCCUGGCUGCUGCCUGGCCGCUGCCUGGCGCCUUCUGGCUGCUGCCUGGCUGCUGCCUGGCAGCUACCCUGGCCGCCUUCCUGGCUGCUGCCUGGCCGCCUUCUGGCUGCUACCUGGCUGCUGCCCUGGCGCCUUCCUGGCUGCUGCCUGGCAACUAGCUGCUGCCUGCCGCCACCCAGCCGCCACCUGCUGGCCAGCUGGCAGCUGCCUGGCAGCUGCCACCUAG